AUGGCCAAGAAGGUGGUGGAGAGCAGCGACGAGUCGGACGGCGGCAACUCGAGCGCCUCCGGGUCCGUGAGCUCGCGUUCGGGCUCGGGCUCCGGGUCGGGAUCGGACUCGGGCAGCGGCAGCGGCUCCGACUCGGGCAGUGGCUCGGGCAGCGGCAGCGACUCGGGCUCGGGCUCCGGCUCGGGAUCUGAUUCCGGCUCGGGCUCAGGUUCCGGCAGCGGCUCGGGGUCUGGCUCGGGCUCGGGCUCCGACGGCUCGGGCUCGGUCUCGGACGCGUCGCCCAAGAAGAAGCUCAAGAAGCGGCGCGCGCCCGCGCCCAAGAAGCCCAAGGCGGCGGCGCCCAAGAGCAAGAGUAAGAGCGGCCGCGCCGGCAAGAAGGCGGUGCAGGCGCAGGUCAAGGCCGAGGCGGACGCGGAGGCCGACGACGAAGGCGACGGAGACGGCAAGCGCCGCCGCGGCAAGCUCCGCAUCAAGGAGGAGGAGGAGGAAGAGGACGAGGAUGACGACGCCGACGUGGCCGGGCUCACGGAGGUGGAGAAGGAGAAGCGCCUGCUGGAGAAGUACGAGGCCAAGGAGCAGCGCAACAAGGAGCGCGAGCUGAAGAAGCGGCUCGCGGCCUCGCAGGGCAAGGCCGAGGACGGCUUCUCGGAGGAGGAGGACCAGGAGGAGGAGGAGGAGGAGCUGCCGUCCACGCGCCGCGGAGGACGCAGCAGGGACAGCGACCGCCGCAAGGAGGCGCUGCACAACCUCAAAGCCAACAAGUCGAGCGACAAGAGCCGCUCCAUCCUGAGCAACAGAUUCGGAGACGACGACAGCUCCGAGGAGGAGGGAGGCAGCAGGAGUGGGCGAGACUUGGCCGAGAAGAGACGUCGACGCAGGGAGUUGCAGCGUGGAGGCACGGGGAGACGCCGUAGCCACGGAGACGACGACGACGACUACAGCGAUGAGGAUAGCGAUGGACGCAAGCCCAAGGCAAAGGUGGCGGCUGCCGAUUUGACGGCGGCGAAGACUACUGAAGACGAAGAGAUGGCUGCGGCCAUUCGCCCUGAGGAGAACGUGCCGGUGAAUUGGGACCAAGCCAACCACUACCUGCUGAAGAGGAGGACGUUCUUUGAGAAGCAUUUCUUCGAGCCGUUCUUCCCGCAGCUGGUGCGUGGCGUGUACGUCCGCGUCCCGAUUGAGAUGGUGGACGGCGAGAUGGUCUACCGCUUCUGCGAGGUCGUGAACGUGUGCAAGCUGGCGCGAAGCUACACUUUCUGCGGUGAGACGACGAACACAGGCAUCAUUUGCGCGUUCGGCAAGAGCAAGCGCGAGUGGAAGCUGAGCGGCGUAUCGGGCCACUCACUUCGUGAGCGUGAGUUCUUGCUGUGGCGAGCUGUGAUGAACAAGGAGCGCCUGCACUUCCCCACGCAUCAUGAGGUGAAGCGCCUGUACUCGAAGAAGGAAAAGAUGAUCACACAGCACAACUACACGGAAGCCGAGGUGGACGAAAUGGUGCGGCGCAAGCAAGCCGUCGGCCUGUCCACUGUAUCGUUAGGCGUGCAGCGUGUGCGCCUGGAGCGCGAUCUACGUGCAGCCCAAGAUAUGAAGAACUUUGAGAAGGCUGUUGUGCUCGAGGAGCGGCUUCAGAAGCUGCUCGCUAAGAACGAGGAGCGCAAGAAACACAACUCGGACGACGUGCUCCGCAUUAACGAGAUCAAUCGUCGUAACCGCGAAGCCAACAUCCAGCAGGACCUCCACGCGCAGGAGCUCAACGAUGCAAUGAACCAGAAGAUGACGAGUGCCGAGCGUCUGCAGUUCGUGCGCGCCAACCAGAUGACCAUGUACAUGUCGAGAGACAAGCUGGAGAAAAACCUGGCAGAGGGCAAGCUGAUCAAGCUGCACGACGGCCGAGUCAUGACCUCGAACAAACUGCACGUCGUGGAGGCGCUUCCCGACGACCUGCUCGAGAAGGUGAAGGGUGUCGGUGAGAAGAAGGCGACCGACGGCUUGGAGAUCGAUAUUGAUCGUCUCUUAGCCAAGCAGCAGGAACGAAAGCAAAAGGACGCUGAGCGUCUGGCGGCAAAGCGCAAGGAGCGUGAGGGUCAGGUUGAGUUUGUCGGUGCCGCCCCUACGAACGUACAGGAGAUGGCCAAUGCCACAAUCCGUAUCAAGGAUGAUGACGGUUCGUGGAUGACUCUGCGCGCUCCUUCAGAGAUCAUGAAGGAGAAGAAGAACAAGACUGUCGUCUCGGAGAAGGUGAAGGCCUCACGCAAGGGCAUCACUGUGAAGGAGUACUUUGACCGCGUCAAGAAGCGACGCGUGGCUCAGUAA